ACAUGGAUACAAGUGGCGUUUACUGUUGAAAAAGUGGACACAUUACAGAGCUCGCGGGGACCCUGGCGGACUUCAAAGAGCGCUAAAACUUCUUCCACGGCCGCACUCAUGUGAUUUCCCCUUGUUUGAGCCAUGUCCAAGAGCCUGAAGAAGAGGAAGAACCACUGGACUAACAAAGUCCAUGAGAGUGUCCUUUGCAGGAAUGAGGAGGGGGAGCUGGGGCUGGAGUUGAAGGGCGGCGCGGAGAAUGGACAGUUCCCGGUUAUCGGCGAGCUUCUCCCGGGCAGAGCGCUCUGCCACAGCGGCAAACUCUUCCAGGAUGAACUCCUGCUGGAAGUCAAUGAUACCCCGGUGGCUGGACUCACCACCAGGGACGUCCAUGCUGUGGUCAAACACAGCAAAGACCCCGUCCGGCUCAAGUGUGUCAAACAAGGGGGCGUGAUAGACAAGGACCUGCGCCACUACCUCAACCUGCGCUUCCAGAAAGGCUCGGUGGACCACGAGCUGCAGCAGAUCAUCCGGGACAACCUCUACCUCCGCACCGUCCCCUGCACAACCAGGCAGCCCAAGGAAGGAGAGGUCCCAGGGGUGGAUUAUAAUUUUGUGACCGUUGACCGGUUUAUGGAAUUGGAGAAAAGUGGAGCCCUGCUAGAGAGCGGAACAUAUGAAGAUAACUUUUACGGCACCCCGAAGCCUCCGGCCGAGCCCAGCGCUCUGCUGCUAAAUGUAACGGACCAGCUGCUGCCGGGCGCCAGACCCACCUCCGAGGGCAAGAGGAAGCGAAACAAGUCGGUCAGCAACAUGGAGAAGGCCAGCAUCGAGCCCCCCGAGGAGGAGGAGGAGGAGAGACCCGUCGUCAACGGCAACGGUGUCGCCGUCACCCCAGAGUCGAGCGAACAUGAGGACAAGAGCACCGACGCUUCGGGGGACAUCGUCCCGCAGAGCAUCCCGGCCGAGGCUCCACCCGAGGCGCCCAAAGAAGACGGACAGUCCCCGAAAAUGACGCUCCCCAAACCAGAGGAGAACGACGAGCUAGGGCCGCUGCCAGACAACUGGGAGAUGGCGUACACCGAGAAAGGAGAGGUCUACUUCAUAGACCACAACACCAAGACAACAUCGUGGCUGGACCCGAGGCUAGCCAAGAAGGCAAAGCCGCCCGAGGAAUGCAAAGAGGAUGAGCUUCCGUACGGCUGGGAGAAAAUCGAUGACCCCAUUUACGGCAGCUACUAUGUUGACCAUAUAAAUAGAAGGACCCAGUUUGAGAACCCCGUCCUGGAGGCUAAAAGGAGACUCCAGCAGCAGCAGCAGAUGCAAAGCCAGGGUCUGUCCUCACUGCCCCUUCCUACCAUCUACAGAGAGAAGCCGCUGUUCACGCGGGACCCCACUCAGCUGAAAGGCAGUUUUUUGUCCACCGCACUCCAAAAGAGCAACAUGGGCUUCGGCUUCACUAUCAUCGGAGGCGACGAGCCGGACGAAUUCCUCCAGGUCAAGAGUGUUAUCCCCGAUGGGCCGGCCGCAGCUGACGGGAAGAUGGCCACAGGUGAUGUCAUCGUCUACAUCAACGAUGUGUGCGUCCUGGGCACCACCCACGCCGACGUGGUCAAACUCUUCCAGUCGGUUCCGAUCGGCCAAAGCGUGACGUUGGUCCUGUGCCGCGGCUACCCUUUGCCCUACGACCCGGAGGAAGCCGCCAACAGCAACAACAACACCACCACCACCACCAUCAUCUCCCCGCUGGGCAUCAUGGAGCAGCGUCCCAUCAUGGUGAACGGCCGCUCGGGCUACGACAACUACCUGGACUACCUGUCCCGCACGGCGCGCUUCGUCACGGACCCCGGCCAGGACCAGGUGAACGCCCAGCAGCAGCUGCUCACGCCCCACCCGGGGGACACCCACUUGGACGGCUCGCUCCCGCCCACCACCGGCACCACGCCCCCUGACAGCGUCUCCAUGGCGUCGUCGGGGGCGACGCAGGGGGAACUACUCACCCUCACUAUGGUGAAGGGCGUGGAAGGUUUUGGCUUCACUAUCGCGGACAGCGCCACGGGCCAGCGGGUGAAACAAGUGCUGGAGCCUCUGGGCUGCCCGGGCCUGUGUGAGGGCGACCUGAUUGUGGAGAUUAACAAGCAACACGUGCAAGGAUUCUCACACACGCAGGUGGUGGAGCUGCUCAAGGAGUGUGCCGUGGGAACGGAGACCAUCCUGGUGGUGCAGAGAGGCGGAACAGGUCACUAUUCACCCUGGAAGACCGCUAAGCAGGUUCUGGAGCAGUGGGAGUCCCAGCAGCAGGGCCAGAGCAGCCCCGCUCAGACCAGCCUGUCCGCCCCCGUUAUCCCCCACAGCGCCCCCUUCCCAACACACCAUCUCCUCAGGGCCUCGGUGCCAGACUCGGCCUCAGACUCAGCCCUGGCCCUGGCUAAACCCGACCCCUAUGAUCUUUAUGAGAAGUCCAGGGCUAUCUAUGAGAGUAGGCAACCUGGCCAACCAAGGACAGUUUUUCCUGUGGACUCGUCAGCAGCAGAGUACCAGGACAUGGAGGUGCACCUGCGCAGACAGAAGUCCGGCUUCGGGUUCCGGGUGCUGGGUGGGGACGAGGCGGGGCAGCCUGUGAGUCCGGAGACGCGUGAGAAGAUCCUGAUCGGGGCGAUCAUCGAGAAGAGUCCGGCUGACCUGGACGGACGCUUGCGGCCCGGUGACGAGCUGCUGUUUGUGGACGGGAUCCCGGUGGUGGGGAAGCCACACAGAUACGUCAUCGACCUGAUGCACGGAGCGGCGAGGAACGGACAAGUCAACCUGGUGAUCAGGAGGAGGGUCCAGGCAGCAGGCGAGUCCUGUCCGGAGAACGGCCGCAGCCCGGGCUCCGUCUCCACGCAGCACAGCUCCCCGCGCAGCGACUUCACGUACGGCAACAGCACCGGCUCCGCCCAGCCGCCCAACGCCGGCAUGGUCAACGCCACGGCCGCCUCGGACAGGACGUCCACCCCCAACACGCAACCCAGUGAUGUCAUCAUCAACCGGAAGGAGAGCGAAGGCUUCGGCUUCGUCAUCAUCAGCUCGCUCAACAGGCCCGAGGCGGCCACCACCAACACUGUGCCCCACAAAAUCGGCCGCAUCAUCGAGGGCAGCCCGGCCGACCGCUGCGGGAAGCUGAAGGUGGGAGACCGCAUCCUGGCGGUGAACAGCCAGUCCAUCGUCAACAUGCCGCACGCCGACAUCGUCAAGCUGAUCAAGGAUGCAGGCCUCAGCGUCACCCUGAGGAUCAUACCGCAGGAAGAGAUCAGCAACCCUCCGUCAGCCCCCAGCUCGGAGAAGCAGAGCCCGCUGGCCCAGCAGCACAGCCCCAAGACCCAGCCCAGCAUCGCUGCCUCCCAGCCCAACACGGCCGCCACCGAGCCCAACCAGCCCGUCAGCCAGCCCAACCCCAUGCCUCACCAGAGCCCUGUGACCCAGCUGCCCGCCCCGCCCCCUCAGACCUACACCCACGAGAGCAGUUACAGGUCAGAGGUGAAGGCGAGGCAGGAUGUUAAACCGGACAUCAGACAGCCGCCGUUCACAGAUUACCGCCAGCCUCCGGUGGACUACCGCCACCCUCCCGUGGCCGACUACAGGCAGCCGCCCACGCUGGACUACAGACACCCGCCGCUGCUCGACUACAGACAGCUCGCCACCGACACCCGGCAGUUCGCCAUCCCAGAUUACCGGAUGCCGCCAGUUCAACUUUCACAGGACUUCGACUUCUUCACCGUGGAGCUGGAGAAAAGUGUGAAAGGCUUCGGCUUCAGCAUCCGCGGAGGGCGGGAGUACAAGAUGGACCUGUUUGUCCUCCGGCUGGCAGAGGACGGACCGGCCAUCCGCAACGGGAGGAUGAGGGUUGGGGACCAAAUUAUUGAGAUCAAUGGAGAGAGCACCCGGGACAUGACCCACGCCAGGGCCAUCGAGCUGAUCAAGUCUGGAGGCAGGCGAGUCCGUCUUCUUCUAAAGAGGGGUACGGGGCAGGUCCCAGAGUACGAUAAUGCCGCCCCAUGGGAUGCUCGCCCUUCAGCCUCCCCAAGCCUGUCGGAAGUAGCCCCUCCCAUCGACAGCCUUCCCAUGUCAUCGCCUUCAUCUCAUCUGGCCCCGGCCCCCGACCCACCUCACCUGCCGCCUCUGGACGUCCCUCGAGACCCGGCGGCACGAGACGCGAGCCGGACGGAGCGUUCGAAGAGCCCCCAGACGGCCGAGCUGCUGAAUCCAGAUCAGGGGAGGAGAGCGGGUACGACCGGCGGGAGCGGAAGAGCCAAGAAGGAGGGUGGCAGGUCCACCCACAAGGGGCACAGGGUCCAGCCCACUACUGAGGGGGAAGUGGGCAAGGAGGGGCAGAGCGGGGAGCCCAAACCUUCCAGGAGCACCAGAGGGAGGUCCAAGGAGAGGAAUACCGGGGACAACAGAGAAUCCACCGAGUCUCCCGGCAGCUCCAAGCUCCCGCACACCAACGGGAACAGCAGGGAAGACGUGGAGCGUUACGGUGGCGGGCAGCUGCACGUGGAGUCGGAGCAGAGCAAGCCGUGGCCCAGGGAACUGGAGCGGGGCCUGGGAGAGAGCCGGCCCAGCCUGCCUAAUAAAAGCACCAGCAGCAGCAGCAGCAGCGCAGCAGGGAGGAAGGCCACGGUCUCUCCUGGGCCUUGGAAGAUCCCUGGAUCGGACAAGCUGCCGAGCACUCUGCGCACAGGCACAUCCACGCUGAGCAGAUAACACCGCGGCUCCACACCGACACAGUGGCCACACCUCAUCUGAACUGAACCACCCCCAUCCGGAUGAAACCACCAAUCCUCACACCUUCCUGUGCUCCUUUACCCCCCCACUCCCCAAAAAACAUCCCGUUCUCCAACAGACUACAGAGUCAAAAACCAAGAGGGGGGGCAGUGUGAUCUGGACCACGUGUUUUUAGAGUUUUAUUUAUGAUACUGUACUCUAAAUUAUUUUGAGAAAUAUUUUACACCCACCACCUUAAGAAACUGGAAAAUCAUCCACUUUUUUAAAAAAUGGAAGCAGAAUGUGCGUUUAGCGUUUAGUGGCGGGGAAUCAUUUGGGGGGCACGAACUUUACGAAAAUAUAUAUAAAAACUAAACAAAAAACUUUCCCCAAGCAGAACUGGGGGACAAACAUGCAAAUACAAACAACUGACAGGAAGCAACUGUCAGCUGGGAUUGGAUUUUUUUUUACAUACAUAUAUAUAUAUAAAUAUAUAUAUCUUCACAAUGGAGUCCGUUUUAUGAAAUGGAAUGUUAAAAAGAGAGUUUGCCUGUUUUUGACAAGAGCGAAUGGAGACAAAAAAAAAAAGAGUGACAGCAGAGAUGAAAUCUACUCUUCAACAGAACUUUGCCUUAACAGAGACUGUGUGGGCCUGAAUCUAUCUUGAAUAAUCUAUCAGAUGAUUAUAGACAUAGAUAUAUUAUAAUGAGUAUGAAUAUGUGGGAUCAUUUUGUAAAUAAGAUCAUCUUUAAGUGAACUGAACCUUAGUCGAGCCGGAUGGAAAAUUCUCGUCCAUGCGAAGUGGACCCGAACUUUCACCACCAACACCAACUUCUCCCUCUUCUACACUCCCGUUCAGCCCUGUGAUUGCAGUUUCGGGGUCCCGGCGGGGCCUGCUACGGUUGACUUCACACGAUCUAUUUGCGCUUGAAUCAUCCCGAGUUCAGCGGGGGUGUCAUGUCAAUCCAUUUUUCUCAUUUCUGUGCUUAACGAACAAAGCAAUCCGCGACGGUGGUGUCCGGCCGGAGAAGGAGCUCGCGUGAUACCGACCGAGGGGCAGAGUGCCUUAGACUGACAGAGAGGUUGGCUUUUAAGUCAAAAGGUUCAACUCCAGACCACUUUAGAGGGUUCGAAACAGGCUGCUAUACAACAUCAACUUUACAGAUAUAAAUAAUAAACUGUAUUUUUUCAGAUAUGAGUGUGAAACAGUGAAAUAUAUAAUUUAUUUCACAAGCUUGUGUAUGAAAAUAAGUCCUUUAUCAGAGUAUUGACGGUCUUUAUUUGUGGUGGGUCAUGAUAGUUUUCAUUUCUGGUUCCUUAAUGAGGUCUGACACGAGGAAGAUUUUCUCAUGUUUCAGCAACAGAGAGCAGAGCUUUGCACACAAACCAAACUAAACUACGAAGAAUCUGAUAUUGAGUUAUCAAAGAAUCAAUCUCACUUGUCAAAAACCGUGCUCGCCUAACAAUCUGUGACCUGAGUGAAUGAAUGCCCUCGAUUUGAAAAAUGAAACGUUUCUUAUCAUUUCCAGAUCGGCUGAGGAGAGGUUGCACCUGUCACAGCAACUGUCAGCGGCUGAAUUUUAUUUUUUUUCCAGUGAUUUCUGUCUCCACUGUGUGAUAUUAACAAGUACAUGUCCAUGCCAAAGCUCCCUGUAGAUUAGAUCCAUUUUCAGCCGCAGGAUUAGACUCUAUGCUAUGUGCUGCAGCAUAAAUGUGCAGGUGUACAUUUUUUUAUACAGCUUGUUACCUGAUAAUUGACAGUUUGCCAAGCCCUGCUCCUCUUAGUUACCAUUGCGUUGCCAAGCUUUCCAUUCUGGCACAGCAAAUGUGCAGUUCUCAGUGAUAAACGGUGACAGAUUUACAAGUUCAAACUCAUUGUAAUUUCUUAAACAAUGGGUCCUUGAUUUCAGACAGAAGUAAACAAAAGCAGCUUCUCAUUUCUACCCGGCAACUGAUCAUUUUGUUGGCUGAAAGGACAAAAAUCACUGGCAAACUCUAUUAGCUGUGGUUAGCUCGCUAAUUGAGUUAAUGUUUAGCUCCAAUAGUUGGCGUAAAACAGUGUCUCUAGCAUCUGACAUUUUAAUGUUUACAGCUGACUUUCUUAAAACAAUAAUCUUGCAAAAAACACUGGAUAUAAAUGUCCACUUGAUGGCUACAUACAUGAUAUUGUGCUAAGUACUGAGGCUUAGAUACAAGUUCCAGGCUAAAAGUUAGCACCCUCACUAGUCGAUCAUCUAGAAAUCCCAAUGAUCCCAGGGUAUGUGUGUCCAUUAAUAUAAACUACAACUGUAACAGUGAUUGGUUGGGAUUAUCUUCAUGGUUCAACUUGCGAAAGACCAAAGACUGAUGUUUGAAAUGCAAAUUUAAUGGUAAAAAUCUGAAUGUCAAAAGCCAAGAAAACUGCAAAUUUAACGCUGUCUGCAGAACGAGAAUCCAACAAAGAGCGGGAAAAAGCUGCUAAUGUUAGCUAGCUAGUGAGUUAGCUACCUAAGCCAGACAUGCUAACGGCAGUUUGUAAUCAAUUUCAGAGAAAAUUCUGCAUCAAAACAUCUGUUAAAUACUCUCACAAAACACAUGACUCAGACUGUUGUUUGAUUGUAACAAAACAUCCUCCGGUAGUUUAACUUACUUGUUCAUAUUUUCAAACAGUAGCUAGUGAACUAGUUAGACUAGAGGACAUGCUAACGGUUUGCAGCUCAGAUUAGAGAAGUUAGUCACAAUAAGUCUCAUUUAUCCAGUCAUUUGAUCAGUUUAAAGUUUAAUUAGAAAUACAAGGUAACACUGGGAGAAUUAUUCAUAUACAAAUAAUAAUUUUCAGGGUAGAGUAUUCCUUUAAAAAUCCACUGGAUGGCUAUUGUGCUCAAAUAAGGCAAAGUUACAUGUCUGAGGCAGAAAGUUAGCAUCCUCGCCAGAUAAACUACUAUAGAUUGUCAGUCCUGGUAUUAUAAGUAUGAUCAUACAAAAAAAUUGAGACUCAGACUGUUAUUCCAUUGUAACAUUACACCCUGUGGCAGUUUAACUUACAUACUUGCUUGUGUUUUUAAACAGUAGCUAGCUAGCUAAGUGCUAACUAGUUAGCAGGACAUGCUACACACGCUAAACAGUUUGCAGCUCUGAUUAGAGAAGUUGAAGAAGAAGAAUCACACUGUUUAAAGGAAUACUUCUGCUUUAAAAAUAAUAAUAUGUAAACUUCAUGAAAAAAGCUGUUUCCAAACUCUUACUAAACGUAUGCAGUAUAAUUUAAGUCUCAGUUAUCCAGUCAUUUGAUCAGUACUUCCAAAACGCGUGCAAAAGUUUAAUUAGAAAUACAAGUUAACACUGGGAGAAUUAUUGAUGAACAAAUUAUUUUCAGGGUAAAGUAUUCCUUUAAAUAUCCACUGGAUGGCUUAAGCUACAUGUCCGAGGCAGAAAGUUAGCAUCCUCACCAGUUGAUAAACUACUAUAGAUUGUCAGUCCUGGUAUUAUAAGCAUGAUCAUACAAAAAAACAUUACACUCAGACUGUUAUUUCAUUGUAACGUUACACCCUGUGGCAGUUUAACUUACUUGUUUGUAUUUUCAAACAGUAUCUAGUGCUAACUAGCAAGCAGGACAUCAUAACGGUUGCAACUUCCAUUAGAGCAGGUAAUCACACAGUUGAAUCUUUUCAUUACACUCUAGUUUCUGUAAUUUUGGUUUAGGAAAUGCUUAUAAUCAUUUAAAAUUGGUUUACACUUUAAAUGCUCAGGCUGAGCCACAUGCUCACUGCUUCAAAAGGGGUAGAAAUCUAAGGCUUGACAGGUCUGAAGGGCCAAGUUACAGUGACUGAGCUGUGAUUGAACACUCAAUGUUUGGAGCAGGGGUUUUUAAGCAAACUGUCAAUUUUGAGAUCAACAAAUCUCUUCACAGCAUCCUUACUCUUUCUGCAGAUGUGAAAACUCUGAGUGGCAAUUUUUCCUCUGAAUGAGCAGACAUUAACUGGGAGUCCAGAACAAAAGUUCUCUCUCCUUCCUCUGCUGAGGGAAGUGCAAACAGUGUUUAAAGAAUAAAAGAGCAAAGGGAGACAAGUCAUUAUGUAUGCCAUUGUGAUCCGUAAUUACACCAGAAGUAAGUGGACUGACUUUAAAGCACAAUCUCUCACAGAGGGUUUGGGGAUUAUUAUGUUGGAGAAAAUCAACAGCCAGGCACGAACGUCUCAGACUUUCAAUCACUUGUAGAUGGUGUGCAGGGCCGAAAUCACACAAAAAAAAGUCCCAAAACUAAAUUUUACACAGAAUAAAGGUUGCAAAAGCUGCCUAUACAUACUGUAUCAUCAUGCAUCAUUUGUCCAGACUUUGUUUUCUGUUUGCAGCGGAAACAAAAAAUUGUGCGUAUUUUUGCUCAACUUUUGCACAACUCACUGCUUUCCACAUUUGAGCUGUCUCCAUCGAGCCAAAUUGUAAGUAGUUUGCUACGGAAAGCAAAAAGAACAAAAAAAAGAACAAAAGACAUCCAGAGGUGUAAAGAAGAAGAAGAAGAAGAAGAAGAAAAGGUGUGUGUGUGUUGAAAUAACAGCACACGCUACACCCUGAACUUCCACCCAAGCGGCUCAGUAUCACUGUGUAGUGUUAUAGCAGUGUAUAGACCCUGAACAAAUAUCUCUAUAAAUAUGACUCCGUGUACUAUUGAUGGUCACAAAGACUGUAAGUGGAGCAACUAUUUUUAUGAAAUGCAACACUAUGGAUAUAUUAACUUUUGCAAAAAUCUUGUUUACCUGUAUGAUAUUCUGAAAACGCUGUCAAAAUAAAAGAAAAUCUUGACACAACAUGAAAGAUUUA